AUGGCGAUUACAGUAAGCGAAUUGUUGAAUGGAGUAGCGUCCAGGCUUGUAUACGAAGGUUCUCCAUGCGAUAGUCAUCCGUGCUGGAAUGAGGGAAAGUGUAUUUUAAACGGGUCAUCAAGUUAUCAUUGCGAGUGUCCACCGGCUUUUAUUGGUCCACAGUGUGAAUAUCGGCUUUUUGAAAUUUGUCGUUCCAUUCGAUGCCGGUCGUCUACAUCCCCGAUUUGUCAAGUCGGAAGUUUCUUUGCCAACUGUUCAUUUGUGAAUCAACAAGGUACAAGAGACGUUCUUAGCACUCGUGUCAGAAAAAAAGAAGUCAUUCUGCAAAAACAAGAGUGCGACUUUUUAAGUGGAUCUGAAUGUGAGGACAAGGAAAGUCAAGAUGGGAGGAUGCGUGUAUGUGUUUAA